AUGCGAGGCUAUUGGGACAGUGAGGAUAUGACCAAGUCGGAGAUAACGCCUGAUCGAUGGUAUCAUACUGGUGAUAUUGGUGUAAUGCACGAGAACGGAACAGUGAGUAUUGUUGGUCGAAAGAAGGAUAUGAUCGUUCGCGGUGGGGAGAAUAUAUACCCAACUGAAGUGGAACACUAUCUCUUCAGACAUCCAAAAAUUCAAGAUGUUCAGAUUGUNGGUGUGCCGGACGAAAGAUACGGUGAAGUUGUAUGUGCUUGGAUAAGGCUCAGUGAGGCGGCGAAGAAUGUCACCGAAAAGGAUAUUCAAGAUUUUUGUAAGGGACGGAUUGCUCAUUUCAAAAUACCGAAAUAUAUCUUAUUCAAAAAAGAAAACGAAUUCCCGCUAACAGUAUCGGGUAAAGUGAAGAAGUACGAAAUAAGAGAGCAGUCAAAAAUUGAGCUUGGUCUUCAGCAGGUUCAUUUUUAUUUUUAUUUUUUCGAUUAUUAUGGUUGUUAUCAGUAUUAUCAGCAUUGUUUCACUCACCUUAUCGUGAAUCUCAAACAGUUCUCAGUGUGA